AAUGGGGGCGCGGGGCCGGGGCGCGCCGCGGCGCUGGGGGCGGCAGGUUGCGGCGGCUCCCGAGCGGGUCCCGAUGCUGGCGAGCGCCCAGGGAUGCUCUUAGGGCUGGCAGCCAUGGAGCUGAAGGUGUGGGUGGACGGCGUCCAGCGUGUGGUCUGUGGGGUCUCCGAGCAGACCACCUGCCAGGAAGUGGUCAUCGCACUGGCGCAAGCAAUAGGCCAGACCGGCCGGUUUGUACUUGUGCAGCGGCUUAGAGAGAAGGAGCGGCAGCUGCUGCCAGAGGAGUGUCCAGUGGGCGCCCAGGCCACCUGUGGACAGUUUGCCAGCGAUGUCCAGUUUGUCCUGAGGCGCACAGGGCCCAGCCUGGCUGGGAGGCCCUCUUCAGACAGCUGCUCACCCCCAGAACGCUGCCCAAUUCGUGCCAGCCUCCCUGCAAAGCCACGGGCAGCGCUGGGCUGUGAGCCCUGCAAAGCACUGACCCUCGGGCCAGCCCCCAGCCUCUCACCUCCUGGGCCUGCAGCCCCCGUGACACCCUCACCAGGCUGCUGCACAGACCUGCGGAGCCUGGAGCUCAGGGUGCAGAGGAACGCUGAGGAGCUGGGCCACGAGGCCUUCUGGGAGCAGGAGCUGCGUCGGGAGCAAGCCCGGGAGCAGGAGGGACAGGCACGCCUGCAAGCGCUAAGCGCAGCCACUGCUGAGCACGCCGCCCGGCUGCAGGCCCUGGACGCCCAGGCCCGAGCCCUGGAGGCCGAGCUGCAGCUGGCAGCAGAGGCCCCUGGGCCCCCUUCUCCCAUGGCAUCUGCCACUGAGCGUCUGCGCCAGGACCUGGCUGUUCAGGAGCGGCAGAGUGCGGAGGUGCAGGGCAGCCUGGCCCUGGUGAGCCGGGCCCUGGAGGCUGCAGAGCGAGCCCUGCAGGCCCAGGCUCAGGAGCUGGAGGAGCUGAACCGGGAGCUCCGUCAGUGUAACCUGCAGCAGUUCAUCCAGCAGACUGGGGCUGCGCUACCGCCGCCCCCACGGCCUGACAGGGACCCUCCUAACACACAGGGCCCUCUGUCUCCAGCCAGACAGGAGUCCCUCCUGGGACCCCCCCUGAGCCCCGUGCUGGUGCCUGCCCUAGGCCCCGAGGGUAUGUCUGUGUCCUGCCUACCCCUGGGACCCGGCGCUCUCCUGUGGCCGCAGCCUCCUCAGCCUGUGUCCUUCCACAGUGGCUGCCGUGAAGCAGAACUGGAGGUAGCAGCAGCUCCUGCCCCAGAGCGGCGUCCUCUGGCAGCCCAGCCCCAGGCUCUGUGACAGAUCAGUGAGGGCGGUGAGACCAGCCUGCCUGGACCGCAGAAGGAGGUCGGCGGUCACAGAGGGCUCCUGCACCACACAGUGGGAAGCUCUGGGCUCGGCAUCAGGAGCAGGGGGUGCAGGGGAGGACUGUCCGGGUCCUUGCCAGGUCUGCCAGACGCCCUGGAGAAGCAUGGGGCAUAGCCAGCUCGAACUUGCCAGACCCCAGAGGCCAGAACUGCCUGCUGGGGACAGGAGAUUCAUUGACAGUGCUCAGGCUGUGGGCAUGUGCCUGCCUGCGGGAGGCUCCUUCACGGUGUGUACACGGUGAGAGCAUGUGUGUGCCGCCUCCUGACCCCAACACUAAAACCUCAAUAAACUGCCCGCAGUGGCUUGAGUGUGUGCUAA